AUGGCAUCUCCGGGGGCAUCCACUGUGGAAUCCAUCGAUGUUGAUGCUAUCAUUGAGAAGCUCCUUGAGGUUCGUGGAUGUCGGCCUGGUAAAGGAGUCCAAUUAUCGGACGGUGAGAUACGGGCACUGUGUAACAAAUCAAGACAGAUCUUCCUCGAACAACCUAACCUAUUAGAACUAGAAGCACCCAUUAAGAUAUGUGGUGAUGUGCAUGGUCAAUACUACGACCUUUUGCGGCUCUUCGAAUACGGAGGCUUCCCACCCGAAGCGAACUACCUUUUCCUUGGAGACUAUGUUGAUCGUGGAAAACAGUCCUUGGAAACUAUCUGUCUGUUGUUGGCAUAUAAAAUAAAGUAUCCUGAGAACUUCUUCCUACUCAGAGGCAAUCAUGAGUGUGCUAGCAUCAACAGGAUAUAUGGUUUUUACGAUGAAUGCAAGCGCAGAUACAACAUCAAGUUGUGGAAGAUUUUCACGGAUUGCUUUAACUGCCUACCGGUGGCCGCAAUAGUCGAUGAGAAAAUACUCUGCAUGCACGGGGGUCUGUCUCCCGAGCUCAACUCCAUGGACCAGAUUAAACGGAUAUUACGUCCAACAGAUGUUCCCGAUACUGGCUUACUAUGUGAUCUACUCUGGUCUGAUCCUGAACAAGACAUCAGCGGUUGGGGAGAAAAUGAUCGAGGAGUCUCGUUUACAUUCGGCGCGGACAUCGUUCAGGCUUGUCUCAGAAAGCACGAUUUGGAUCUAAUAUGUCGAGCACAUCAGGUUGUUGAAGACGGAUAUGAGUUCUUCGCGAAAAGGCAGUUGGUGACGCUGUUUUCUGCUCCUAAUUAUUGCGGUGAAUUCGAUAAUGCCGGCGCGAUGAUGAGUGUAGAUGAGACUCUCAUGUGCAGUUUCCAGGUGCUUAAACCGGUGGAAAAAAAGAAAAAGUAG